UAAAUUGCUUACCGUACCAGCGUGAAUUUGUUCAAGUCGACCUGGCACUGAUUGAGAACGCAGAUACAAGUGCAGCAUUUGCAGUAAGCAAAUAAUGCUUGAGCGACCGAGGCCUGCGAUCAAAGAAAGGGGCAGUGAGAUCAUGUCUAACAGUGGUGUGGAGCAAUGCAAACGAGCACAUCCAGAUGCUGUAGAGGCUGAUGUUCGCUCGCGGCAGCAGAAAAGGAUUGCAUCCUUAGACGAUGAGAAAGACCAAUCUUUCAAAAGGUUGAAGAGGGGGGAGAUGGACAUAAAGAGAGACUCUCUAUCGAAUAAUCAUCUAACUGUAAAUAUGCAAUCUGAGGACGAGUUGGCUAUGGGUUAUAACGCGUUUGCACUCCACUCCAGCAGGCUACCCGGGGCAUUCAAUGGAUUCACUUCGCACCUUGAACGCCAGAAUUUGCUUCGAGGGCUAGCUCCUAGCCAGGUUUCAAGCGGAGAUACCAGCUUUUCGCUGUUGAGUGCCCAACAACGCGCUGUGGCGUCUCAGGCCUCUACUUUUUCACCGGGACCCUGGGGGUCCUCGUCAGCCAUGGGUCCCGUGCGGAGCCAACAGCGGUUCCCUCCUGACUAUUCCCCGGAGCUAGCUCAACUACUUCGGCUACGCGCCUUGAAUGGGCAGCUGCUAACACCUCUUUCUGGUGCUCAACAACCAAUGGCUUCUGGUAUCGGGUCGUACGGGGGACUAGGAAUGAACUUCGAUAGCUUGCUGGAUCAACGGGCGGCCCUGCUCCGUCAGCAGGCAUUGGUGGGUAGCGCCAUUCCCUAUGGCGCAGGGGGAAGUCUUGGUGGACUAAACUCAGGUCUACAGCAGCAGAUGAGAAGUCUAGCAGUGGGUAGAGGACUGGGAUCUCUGCAAGCCUCCGCAGGCCUCUAUGACCACACUAAUCUGUCCACCUUUGGUGGAAGGGACACGAGUGGAGUUACUGCAGGGGGCGGUAUACCUCUUGGUCUUCCAGUGACAUUGGCUCAGCAGGAGGAUUCCCUAAAGCUUAGCAGUCAUCAAGUUUUUCUACGCCAUCAAAUUGAGGCGUUUCAGGCAGGUGAAGACGAUGUUACGACUCAUACGCGAGGUCGGAACAAGCCAAUUGCGCGUGGCCAAGUAGGAAUACGGUGUCGACACUGCGCUCACUUGCCCGUAUCACGACGACAAAAAGGAUCAACGUACUUCCCGGCUACACUACUAGGGCUCUAUCAAGCCGCCCAGAAUAUGAGCACUACCCAUAUGCAGUGCGGCCUGUGCACCGAAAUGCCCGAAGAAAUCAAGCAACAGUUUGUGAAUCUGAUCUCGUCCAAGGUUGUGAGUUCAGGUGCUGGCAGACCAUACUGGGCACGAUCAGCAAAGAAACUGGGGUUGGUAGAUUCGGAGGACGGUAUACGCUUUAUCAGAUCAUUGCCUCGAGGAUAUCGAUUCCAGGAUGAGUGAUCAGCUGGAUUAACAAUGCCCACUAGGGCGUAACUUUUUCUCACAAUAUUCUAUGUUAGUGCACUUACAUAAACUGU